UCCAGCGCUGCAGCGCUCUCUUUCCGAAGGAUAUUAGUGUUUGGAUUUUUUCCAUCUUUCCCUUUUCCGGUUCGAAGACUUUCUGCUGUCGGAUGUUUUGAAGGUGGCUCUCUGUAGAUGGUUUCCCUCUGAGCGCGACGGUGAUGCGACUGCAGAAGCAGCGGACGCCACAAGGAGGUGAUGUGAGGACAACAUUGGAGGGAUCUGCAGGGACAAAGAUCUGUGCGUACGCAACACCGCGCCGCAGACGGGCCCAGAUUCCCACACCACGCUGUGCGAUGGCAACUCGGCUGCUUCUCAGGACGCUUGAAAAUCUUCUAACAUAGUCAAACUAAGAGCAACUUCCCUUGAGGCUAUACAUUUAGUGUUUUUGAAUCCGAGUGUUUUGGGGGUCCGGAGCUCCGCAGCUUCUAUCUCUAGUUGGACAGCAGCUAUUCGGAAGACCUCAGACACUUUUUGGCGGAGGAGGAUCUUGCGCGGAGAGCGACCACAGCCACCAUGCUUCCUGGAGGACCGGUGUCGGGUGGAGGGGGGCGCGGCGGCCGGCUGUGCCUGCUCCGGUGGCUGGGCCUCCGGCUGUGGUCCCGUCGGGGGACCCUGGUGUUCGCUCUGCUCUGGUUCGGCUCCUGGUUGUUCCUGAACGGCCUGGUCCUGGUCCACAGGAGCAUCAUGUCCGACUACUGCACCGACGACAAGAGCAAGAGGAUCCUGCAGAGACUGUGUCUGGAGUUUGGCAAGGGCUCGGUGACGGGGGACAUGUGCGAGGACCUGUGCGUGCUCGGCCUGGUGGAGUACAAGCGCUGCCUCUACUACGAGAACGGGAAGAAGGUGAUCGAGGCGCGCUGGAGAGGAAGCCCCAUCAUCCUCAAGUCCAAACUGGAGAAUUUCUCCUCCUACGAGCCACUGGGAAUACUGGACUACCAGGACACGGCAGAGGAGCUCUCCCCUCUCGAUGUGGUUUUCUACGCCACUCUGGAAGUACGAAACUCCCUGGGGCUGGCUGAGGAGGAUGAGGAUGAAGAAGGAGGAGGAGGAGGAGGAGGAGGAAAUAACGGCUCUCUGGCCAGGCUCUGGGGGAAGAAGCUGAAAAACAGAGACAAGAGUUACUCAAGAGCAGAGCUGGCCUCACUCUGGUCUCUGCUGCAGCAGGAGGAGUACACCUUUCUCAGAGUCCUGCAGGACCUCAGCACCCACGUGGCCAAGGUGCUGGGCUCCUGCGGUCAUUUCUACGCCGUGGAGUACCUGUCCGCGGGACACGCCUGGGACCAGAACAUCUUUUCCCUCGAGGAGGUGGCCGUUCCUGGGCUGCGGGGUCAGGACCGAGCCGGGGCCCGCGGGAGGUGGACCACCAGGGAGAUGGUGCACCGCAUCGCGCUGAGUUUUCUGGACAUGGUGUGGCACUUCGACAACGACUUCACCCACAAGCUGCACCUGUGUGACAUCAAACCGGAGAACUUUGCCAUCAGGAAGGACCUGACGGUGGUGGCCAUCGACGUGGACAUGGCGUUCUUCGAGCCGAAGAUGAGGGACAUCCUGGACCAGAACUGCAGCAGCGAUGACGACUGUAACUUCUUCGACUGCUCGUCCAGGUGUAACCUGAGCAAACGCAGGUGCAGCCCCCGCCGCAGGAACAGCAACCUGCAGGUGAUUUGUGAGAAGAUUUUCAGGCCGUGGUUUUCUCCAACUCUGCUUGGGGCCAAAGCAGGACUCCCUCUGCAGGUGGAGCUGCAGCGAGCGGUGCAGGAGUGUUCGGAAACAGAUGGAGGUGCGGAGGAAAGAGAGGAGGACGGAGGAGGAGGCGCAGGCAUCCAUCAACGUCUCCUCAACAUCCUGAACCGCCUCCUCCACGAGGGAAGGGCUUCAGGUGAAGGAGGAGCGGCGUGGGAGGAGAAAGGCCACGUCCACACUGCUCUGAACUUCUGAGGAGGGGAAAGGAAGGCCAGAAGGGACCUACGAAGGGACUUAUGAAGGGAGCUACAGAGGGAGAAACACACCAGUACACUCUCUAGUCUUAGUACAGGAAUGAGGACUUUGACCGGACUUUGCUGCUCGGACGAGUUUUCCACAGGGAACAGCAGCGGUUCCUGUGGAAACGCUCAUCCUGGAAUCCGAUGGACCUACUGGAGAAAACACAGACGCUCGUUUACAUGUCUCAGCUGACGGCAGAGAAUUCAUCCUGUGACUCAUCUUCUGGGUCCAGAGCCGCCGUUUGCGGCACCAGGAUGAACUCACAGUCAGCCUCAAAAACUCCUAACAAACAGGGACCAUUUCUGAGACCUAUUUAGAGAUUACAUCCAUAUCCAAAUAUGAACUAUAAAUCAAUACACGAUAUGGCCAAAAGUAUGUGGACACCCUGUCCUUGUGUGGUCUCCGUCUGACUCUAUUUUCCCUGAUCUGGGCCCCUUGGCUCCGAUGAAAUGAACUCCCUGUUGUUGCGGUUUAGUGCAGAAGAAGUUGGAUCUGACCUCACCGAUGCUCCGGUGGCUCUGAAUGGGAGCAAAUCCCAGUGGAGUGGAGGGACUGGGUGUCCACAUACUUUUCUGUACAUCUUUUGGACGUGUACGGGGGGGGGUUGCAGUAAACUAGGUUUCGUAUCCCAGUGUUCACUAUUUGACGGGAGAAUCGCUUUGGGUUUCAUCGCAGUGAAUCUCGAAACAUGCUCGUCAAGGACUGGACACUGGGUGAGACUACUCAGCGAUACCUUAAGUGUCUUCUCCUCGGAGGAAUGUAUCGUGGAUCCUGUGUCCACGGAUCCUCUCCGAUUUUUUCCUCCUUUAGUAAACCAGUUAGUCUCAGUGAGAUUUCAAAAACUCUCUCUCGUUUGAAGAGAGACUGCGGUAAGAAAACCGUGUAUAGUAUAAAUGCAUAAAAGCUGGAGGUAGAGUUUAACCCGUGAAAAGCAAAGUAAAAAUGUAUAAAUGAUGUAAAGCUCUAGUUUCGUAGGUGAAUGACUGACAUCCACGGUCAUUUGUUCGGCUUUUCGAUUUGACGGUAAACUGGUGAGUUUUGUGGUUGAGUUCACGAAGGCAGAUAACGGAUGAACGGCAAAAUGUAACUAUUUUCAUUCGAGGAAAAAAACAAAAAACCAACAGAAUUUCAUCCCAUAAAAUACAACGCAUUAAUUUGAGUUACCUUAAAGGAACAUUUCAACAUUUUGGGAGACACACUGCUUUCUUUUCUUGCUCAGACUUAGAUGAGAAAAACAAUACCUCGUAUACGGUAAAGAUGAAGCUACAGCCAGAAGUCGGUUAGCUUAGCGCAGCAUAAAGACUGGAAACAGGGGGAAACGGUUAGCCUGGCUCUGUCAACACGUAACGGAGGAAGAAGCUCUCUGAAGCUCGCUGAUCGAACACAUGAUAUCGUGUCGUACAGCCUUGUAGCACAACAGCAGUUCUUCGCAGUAUUUCCACAGCUACCGCGCUUAAUUUAUUUGUUUCUGUGUUGACGUCCGCAGUUGGACUGGAUCUCGCGGCUGCUCUGAAAUCGCUGAGUCAGCUUAAUUUUGCCGCGCAGUAGAUGUGUAGCGACUACACGGCCUCUCCGGGGCCGGGCUUCUGUAAACAGACAAAUAAUCGUAGGUAAGGUUUGUUUUCAUAUG